GAGAACCGGGAUUAGGUCUCUGCUGAAGGCUGGACCGGAUUACGGAGCGCAGUUUUCCGGUGCGCUCUCGGUGUGCGCUCUUCUCCGGGCUUCGCCUCACGACCUCUUCCUGACCUGAAUCCCAGCAGAGACAGAGACAGACCCACAGAGGACUCAUCUCCCCCCUGAUCCUGGGCGUGCUGUAACUGGAUGGAAACAUGGCCGACGUGCCGCAGAUCGUUAAAAUUGGGAUUUCCCUGAAGAUGCUGCCCAACAACACGGCGGUUUACUUCAAGUCCGACGGCGCGCGGUUCGGACAGACGCGAACCAUCAAGCUGCUGACCGGGUCCAAGUACAAAAUCGAGGUGGUGGUUAAGCCGGGAGCGGUGGAGGCCACGUGCAUGAGCAUCGGUGGGGUGACCUUCCCUCUGGAGCAGCAGUCUAAAGACCCCCAGUCUGUGGUCUACAGUGGACAGUACGACACAGAGGGAGUAGCUCACACCAAGAGUGGCGAGAGACAACCGGUGCAGAUCAACGUUCAGUUCACAGAGGCCGGGACGUUUGAGACGGUGUGGCAGGUGAAAUAUUACAACUACAACAAGAGGGACCACUGCCAGUGGGGCAACAGCUUCAACAGCAUCGAGUACGAAUGCAAACCCAACGACACGCGCACGCUGAUGUGGGUCAACAAGGAGAUGUUUGUGUGACGUCGGACGCAGCGUUUGUCUCUUCUAAAACAAUACACCAGGUUCUACUUUCUCUGGUGGAACGUACACACCUGCAGCCACGUUGCCACGGUGAUUCGGUCUGUUUGUGGUGAAAAUACAAAAGCAAACGUGAAAAUGAAACGUAGUGCCCUUGUUUCGUUUUGAAAUGAAUAUUUUUUUCACGUACUGUUCGGUCGUCACCCUCCAGUGUGAUCAGAUUAAUGUGCAGUACUGUAAGUGUGUGUGUGUGUGUGUGUGUGUGUGUGUGUGUGUGUGUGUGUUUAGUUACACUGUACAAAAAAAUCGUUGUUUUUAUGGUAAAAUUCCAGCAGCUGUGGUCGCCAGGACGCUACCGUAAAAACACAUUGUCUACGUUUACAAUAAAGAAACGUAUCGAUAUUGUUGAUUUUAGGGUUAAAAAAUGUGCUUCAUUCCAUAUUUUGCUGCAAAAAAUAAAAGUUUUAACCUUUAAAAAUGUUUAAAUUUACAUGAAAAUAUCAUAUUAAAUAAAGUUUAAGUUAAAUUUAUUAUAAAUAUUACAGCAUUUUUCCAUCAUCGGCAUAACAGUUAGUGGAUUUAACAUUAAAUAUGUGUAUUUUUAGCAAUAAUUGCAGUUUAAGCGGUCAUAAAUAUUAAAGCACAUGUCCGUUAUUAACACAAAAGUACAUCAAUUUGACCGGUAACAAACCGUAUUAUUUUUUACAUGAAAUAAAUGCAGAAAUAGUUACUUGUUAUAAAUAUUGCAGCACAACAAUAUGUACAUUUAACUGGGAAAAACUGUAUUCUUUUUGCGAAUUAAAUGCAAAAAUUAGGGUAUUGUUGUCCAUAUUACAUCAUUUUUCCAUUAAAAACUGUGCAGGAGUGGGAAAAUGUAUUUUUUCAAGAGGAAAAACAUCUAAAAAAACACACUUUUCUCCUUAUUUACGGUGAUUCGGUGUUAUAUAAACGGCAUCAAACUGUUUUAGAGUUUACAGAUUUUUACCGACAUGGUUUGACAAACAUUUUUUACAGUGGACAGAGUGUGUGUGUGUGUGUGUGUGUGUGUGUGUGUGUGUGUGUGUGUGUGUGUGUGUGUGUGUGUGUGUGUGUGUGUGUGUGUGUUUUACUGAUGGUGCAUUGUUUAUCUGUGUGUGUGUUCAUUCUGAAGCUACACGUGGAGAGUUUCAUUCCAAAAUUUAGUGUCUCCACCAAUUAAGUCCAAUCUUAGAAGGUUUUUCCCGUCUGUCCUUGGCAUCUGCAGCUUCUAAUGUUGAAAAUGUGGCAUAAAUUUGUAAAGUUUGCCAAAGAAAAUGACUACACAUGGAUAAAAAUUAAGGAUACACAAUAAAAAAAAUUUAAAAUUGGCCCAAAAUUAGUAUUGACAAGCAGAUAAUCACUGCCAGCUCAAAAUUUUGUUGGAAAGUGUUACAAAAAAUACACUGUCCAAGUAGUUUUCUUAUUUUGCUCAGUGAAUAAACACAUUUGAAAAGCAAUUGUGUCCAUCAGUGGACUUUCAGAAUAAGAAUAGGCCUAAAAUUAUGUAGAUUUCUCUACAGGAAAGCAAUUAGGUGGAAGGAAACGUGUGCAUAAAUCACUAUCAGCCUCAAAAAUCAGUCAAAAUGAGUUAGAAAAUGGUGAUAAAAUCUAAAUAUCAUGCGUCCCUAAAAAUUGUCAUUCAAAUGAGAGAAUUUAGUUUAUUCUAUAUCAUCCGCUUUAACCCUCGUGUCGUCCUGUGGGUCAGAUUUUAAAGUUUGAAAAUGUGGAGAAAAAAAAAUAUUUUCACAGUGAAACUUCUGAUGUCCGCAUUUUCAACAUUUGUGGGAAAUUUUUGAACAUUUUUUGUGGAAAAAAAGAAAUGUUAAAAAAAAUGUUUCUUAAGAACAUUAAGAACUUAAGAACAUUCACAAAAAACUCAACCAAAAUCCAGUGAAUUUCGCUGGAUUUUGGUUGAUUUUUAUGUGAAUGUUCUUAAAGAAAAUAUCAGAAGUUUUACUGAUAUGUAUGUAAUCAUUUUAGAUAUUUUUAGGAUUUUUUGGAAGAUUUUUACUCAUUUUUUGAAAAUAUUUACAAGAAUUUUCUUGCCAAAUUUGGGAGAUUUUUUAAAAUACAACUUUUAAGGGAAAUUUUUUAAGAAAUUAUUGGAAUUUUCUUCCUGAAGGUUUUGCAAAUUUUCCGAAAUUUGGGGAAUUUUUUUGAUGAAUUUUUGCAUUUUUUUCAGACAGGGAAACAAUAAUUUUUGGUGCCCGUAAAUGAGGACAACAGGAGGGUUAAUAAAUGUAGCGAAUUGUGCACGUAUAACAACACAACAGCGGUGCUUUCAGUCUACUUUGCAGCUUCUUGUAGUUGAUUUAAGCUCUAAAACAAAACUAUUUUAAAUUAUUCAUGUUGGAAUCGAGAGGAAGGGGUUCGCCAUGUUAGAACAAAGUGGGGAAUUCAAUCUAUAUUUUGGAAUUUAAUGAACCAAAUUGUGCCCUUACAUCCAUGCAUCUUUACAGAAUCAGUCAGUGGCUCUUAAGUAUGCAGGCCAGCUGCUUUAUUGAGUCUUUUUUAGCCACUUUUAUCCUGAAAAAAUAAAAUCUCCACCUUCUAAAAAGCCUAAAUCACUUCACAGUGAUGUCGAAUCCCAUUGAAACAAAGAAAUGAGCUCAGAUUCUAUUCUGAUGUAAAGCUAUGAUUAAAAAAAGUCACAGUUUUGGGGUGAAACCUUCCGUGUGGAUGUUUGGUAUUUGUGGCUGUGUUCAGUUUUAUGCAGUUGUGGAAGUAGAACUUGUUGGGUUUGGCUGAAGUCGUGUCUAUAUGUUAGCGUGUUCGUUCCGUCUACCUCUUCCAAAGGACCUAGCCAUGAAUAUCUGUGUUUAAGAACGGAAAUAAUACAAACUGUCUUUAAAUUGUCAUUAUUUUUUCUAUUUAUUGUGGUAAAUCAUAUUUUAAAGAACAGUAUUUUUGUACCGUGAAUCAUCUGAAAUGUGUUUUUGAAAUUUGUAUUUUGGGUAGAAUUAUUUUUUAUUUAAAUGUUGAAUUGAUCUAUGCAAGAAAUCAAAGAAAAAUGAUGACAAAAUGGUGCAAUAUAGCGGUUAAAUUUACAUUUAAUGUAACUCUAACCUUCUUUUUGUGGAAGUGUUGUUUCUGAUGUUGUUAAUAUUAAAAUGAAAAAUAUUUUUGUGUGGCAAA